AGCUGCUGCAGGAAUCCGGGCCUAGUCUUCGAGAAGUCGGUGUGCAGCCUUCCGCACAGCCGUGGCCUAGAGCCGCACCCCAAUCCCGAAGCCUGUGGCCGUUCCUGCUCCCCGGGCCUGCUCACGACAAGUCAGCAAAAAAACUGCAGGGCACUGCCCGCAAGGUCGAGACGAAAAUUCGCGUUUUCUCGCACCAUGGAGCGAAACUAGCCUAGCCCCUCUCGGACCGCAACUCUCGAGGCACCGCCCAGCGCAGCUUUAGCUAUGCCGAUUGGUCUUAGGCUCCAUCUAUCAAGACUCAGUAACCAAUCACAAGGGAGAAGAGGCGGGCGCGCCUCCCGCGGACCAAGGGUUGUAAAAAGUUGUAGAUACUGAACAAACGACCUCUGGGAUUGACUCUGUGAACCGAAUACAAGCCAGCCACAGUCAGGCGUCGGCCUGUGGCGGGUGAAAGAGUCCCGGUACUUAGGGACGUAGACGACUCGGGUUUCGGCUACUCCUGCCUGCAGUCCUCAGUGGGGUACAAUCUGUGUCCCGCCGGCCACGCCCCGCGCUUCCUCAUUGGCUUCUUCAGGCACGUGGUAGGGUGGUCCCGCCUUCGGGUGGCCUGAGAGGCGGCACGCAAAACCGCAUGGACAGCUUGGCGCCGGGCCGAUGGAGACGACGAAGGAUCGAGGAGCUGCCGGCCGCAGGGGACGCGAAACGGGCAUGCAGGAGGUCAGAGGCUGGUGGCCAUGAAUACACCAGCCACAUGGUAAGCACCUGUGCCCUGCUGUCCUGGAGCACAGAAGACCAGGAGCCACGGCCCCGAGGCCCGCCUGCACCGCGACCAGAGUGUGGCCAGGAGAGGCCGAGCUCAGUGAGUCUGCAGAACGGUGGAAGGAGCUCAGCCCAGCCUUGCCUGAGAUGUAUUGCGGGGGAGUCUGGCCAUUUUAACCAUACCGUGAAUCAUUAGAAGAUGCAAACGGGAAGAAGGAAGAUUCCAGUUGGGUUUGAUCCCCCAUGUGACAGCCAGUGAGAUCCCUUCCAGCUGACCUGCGUGUCCACCUGAUGGCCAGUGUAAAUCCCUUCCAGCUGACCUGGGUGUCCACCUGACAGUCAGUGCAAAUCCCUUCCAGCUAACCUGGGUGCCCAUCUGAUGGCCAGUGCAAAUCCCUUCCAGCUGACCUGGGUGUCCACUUGUUCAGAUGACAGCCAGGGCUUCCUACAGGGGUUGUUUGCCUCUCAGGCAACCCCAUUCCCUCUGCAGAAAGCCAGAGUGUGGUGGCUUAUUGCAGCCUCUUUUAUAAUGUGUUUGACUGAAGAGGAAAUCAUCUAGAAGUCAACCAAUUCCGUAUCAAGAUGCCCAGGGGUUUUGGAGCCUCAUAACUCCCUGCCUUUGGACUUUGGGGUUGUUCUGGACAUAACCGGGGCUGUUCACAUACUCUUUUUAAUUAAAAAAACUUAUUUUUAUAUUUAAAAUGUUCUAUAAUCUUGAAGUGAAUUUUACUAAUUGUUAAUAUCCCAUCAAGCUGUGUAAUUCUCCAACUUUAGUUAUGAGGGACAGAACCCCAUUGAUAUUAAAAUGGGAUUGUGGACA